AAGUCAAUAUUAGCUGUUGUAUCUGCUACAGCUUUGCACCAAGCUUGGUAGGAAAAACUCUAGCAGCAGCAAGAGCAAGUCUACGAUGGCUUUGAAACUCAUACCUUCUCCUCUGUUUGGAAUAAUUGCAGCAGUGCAUUAACUGCAGCUGUCGUUCUGCAUUAAUGGCUUAUAGAAUAUAUGAAGAACUUUUUACCUUUUUUUCCCCUAACAGGAAAUUCAGCAGACUGUGUUCCUGUAUAGGGAAGAAAGCUUAUGGUAAAUUUCCUUCGUUAAUGGUUGAUCUACAGUAAAGAAAUCGGCUUGAGGCUGUAUCUCUUCAGCGGGUAUUUAGUUUCUUUGAGAGAGCCUUACAGAGGAUUUGUAGCAAAAGAAAAUGUGUGGGGGCACACCAAAAGCUACAAAUGGCACAGGGGGACAAAUAGAAAGAGCAAGAAACAGCACCGAUGUGCCACUUGGAAAUAAUCUCUCUUGCAACAAAUUGGAUGAAAGGAUUAGAAAAUCUGUGAGAAAUAAAAGCAUCAGCUGUGUGAGCAAACUGACUAGACUGCUGCAAAACAGCUGGUCCUCUUCAGAGUUUGACUUGAAUGAAAUCCGCCUGAUAGUUUACCAAGACUGUGAGAGGAGAGGCAGACAGGUCUUAUUUGAUUCCAAAGCAGUCCGCAAAAGUGAUGAAGCUGUGGUUCAGAAAAUGGCAGAGGAUGCCUCUGUAAAGGCUUGUGUGAAGAACUGCCAAGCAAGCAAUGGUAAUAACAAUAUUUCUACCCAUAGUCCUUCAACAAGCUGUAUGCAACAUAUCAAAGAACAGAUACCUAAAUAUCAGUACACCAGACCAGCCUCUGAUGUCAACAUGCUGGGAGAAAUGAUGUUUGGCUCAGUGGCAAUGAGUUACAAAGGCUCCACCUUGAAAAUUCACUUUAUACGCUCUCCCCCACAGCUGAUGAUAAGUAAAGUCUUCUCAGCCAGGGUAGGAAGCUUCAGUGGCAGCAACAAUAAUUUACAAGAUAGCUUUGAAUACAUCAACCAAGAUCCCAGCCUGGGAAAGCUGAGCUCGAAUCAGAAUGGUUUGGGAACCUGUCGCAGUGGAAGUAAUUUAGGUGUGUUACAGCUGUGUAGCAGCAAACUGCUGCAGGGUGUGUCUGAAGGAGGUCCCCUCCGGCUCAUCCGCAGUGCUUCUUUCUUUGCAGCACACAGCACACCUGUUGAUAUGCCUAGCAGAGGACAAAAUGAGGACAGAGACAGUGGCAUUGCUCGGUCAGCAUCUCUGAGCAGUCUUCUGGUUACUCCUUUUCCAUCUCCAAGCUCGUCAUCAUCAUCUUCUAGCAGCUAUCAACGUCGCUGGCUCCGCAGUCAGACAACCAGUUUAGAGAAUGGAAUUAUUCCAAGAUGGUCCACUGAAGAAAUGUUUAGUAUGGCUGAUGAAAGCUGCAGCUCCAAUCCUGCAAUGGUUCGGAGGAAAAAAAUUGCAAUCAGCAUAAUCUUUUCUCUGCCUGAAAAAGAAGAAGCACAGAGAAACUUCCAGGAUUUCUUUUUCUCUCACUUUCCUCUUUUUGAAUCUCACAUGAACAAGCUGAAGUAUGCGAUAGAAAAGGCCAUGAUAUCAUGUAGAAAAAUAGCAGAAUCCAGCCAAAGAGUGCAGGUUUAUAUCAGCCGUGUCAUGGAUGCCCUGGGAGAAUUCAGGGUUACCAUCUGGAACCUGUAUUCUGUUCCAAGAAUUGCAGAGCCUGUGUGGCUUAAUAUGAUGUCCAGCACCCUAGAAAAGAAUCAGCUAUGCCAGCGUUUUCUUAAAGAAUUUACGUUUCUAAUAGAACAGAUCAACAAAAAUCAGUUCUUUGCUGCUUUGUUAACUGCGGUGCUGACAUAUCAUCUGGCUUGGGUCCCAACAGUAAUGCCGGUUGACCAUCCUCCCAUAAAGGCCUUCUCUGAGAAGCGCACAUCACAGGAUGUGAACAUGCUGGCAAAAUCCCAUCCAUAUAACCCUCUCUGGGCACAGCUUGGUGAUCUCUAUGGUGCCAUAGGCUCUCCAGUUAGAUUGACUCGAACUGUUAUUGUUGGAAAACAUAAGGAGUUGGUGCAGCGCUUGCUCUACGUUCUAACUUACUUCAUUCGCUGCUCUGAGCUGCAGGAAAAUCAUCUGACAUGGAGUGAGAAGGCGGGGGAAGGAGAGCAAGUGCUAAAUGGAAGCAAGAUCACAACUGUACUAGAAAAAGGAGAGAUAGAGGAGUCGGAUUAUGUGGUUGUUACUGUUAAAAAUGAGCCUGCCCUUGUGCCACCAAUCCUACCUCCAAAGAGCGAUGGAAGUAAGAACAAUAGUACUAUAGAGUGGGCACAUGACCCAGAAAGCACUCGUACUGUCCCAGCCUCCUUAGAAGAAAAGAGAGAAGCAGUAGGAAAAGGCAGUCAGAACUCCGAAGCAUCUGUUGACUGUCCAACUAGCAGUUUCCACAAAGGAGCAGCUGAUGGUAGGAAAAGAACUGUCACUGAUACAGGAAUCAGAUCUGACCACUUUGAAGAGCCAUCUAAAUUGGAGGAUUUAACGGCUAUAAAGAAGACUAAGAACCAGAAUGAGAGAAAAGUAGAAAAGCAGUUGUCUAGUAGGUCGUCUGCCUUACCUUGUCCUGAAAGGUCUGGCCACAGGAGUUCACACUUAGAAAAGGUCACCUUUCAGAUUGGAAGUUCUACGUCACCAGAGUCAGAUUUAGAAACUCACAGAAGGGAAAUGGAAGAAAAUCUGAAGGCUUUCAGAAAAAAUCCAGAGGUGAUACAUUGUGCUUCAAGUUCCACAAAUCUGACUGUGGAUUCUCCCCAGACUCAAAAAGAAGGUUGUGAAGCUGCCUCUGUACCCUUCAGUAAACACAGUGGAUUUUAUGCACAAGUCCCACCUUGUGAGGGGAAUGACACUAUGCUUAACCAACAUAUGGAAAAUAAAGGAACUGAAAUUAAUUUAGUGAACACAGUAUCUAGUAAACCACUUUUGCCCACGGAUAACAUUGAAACUGUAAAAUUGCCAAGCUUGAAAGAAACGAUGUCUUUAUGUACUGGCAAUCUGGACAGCUAUUCCCCUGGCUGUGUAGAAGCAGGUUCUGAUGUCAAACGGGAUCCCUCUAAAGUAGGCGCUAAAGAUGUCCCCUAUGGGGAUGCUGGAAGGAAAAUCCCCUUUAGAGUUGAAGGGGACAUUCCAAGGAAUGAGAGUUCAGACAGCGCUCUUGGAGCCAGUGAUGAAGAAGGUGAUUGCUGUAUCCCUUACACUGAUGAAGUGCAUCAUAGUAGUGUCAACAAACAACUUGAAGAGUUUGCAGAGGUGGAACUUCCUUUACCAAGGUCAAAUACAAUCAGCAGUCAAUAUGUGAAAAAUUUUGGAAGAUCACUUCUAGGUGGUUACUGUCAUACGUAUGUACCUGAUCUAGUGCUACAUGGAAUAAAUAAUGAUGAAAAACUCAAGCAGUGUCUACUAGCAGACCUACUUCAUGCAGUGCAUCAUCCGGUGCUGGAUGAGCCCAUUGCAGAAGCUGUCUGCAUUAUUGCAGACACAGAUAGAUGGAACGUACAAGUAGCUACGAGCCAGAGAAAGAUGAUGGACAACAUGAAGUUAGGCAAGGAUGUUUUGGUUUCCAGUCAAGUAUCCAGUUUAUUGCAGUCUAUUUUACAGCUUUACAAACUCAACGUCCCGGCUGACUUUUGUAUAAUGCAUCUUGAAGAUAGACUACAAGAGAUGUAUCUCAAAAGCAAAAUGCUGUCAGAAUAUCUGCGAGGACAUACAAGAGUGCACGUAAAAGAACUAGGAAUUGUAUUGGGGAUUGAAUCCAAUGACUUGCCUUUGUUGGCUGCUAUAGCAAGUACUCAUUCCCCAUACGUUGCUCAAAUACUCUUAUAAAUUAAAAACUCAGGAUUGUCAUUCCCUUAAAGUAAAAUAAAGAAAGUGGGAAUGUUGAAUGAAGAACAGAGUUGCCAAGCACUGGUAAAAGGGGAACACUGAGGAAAGCAAGUGUUGACUUUACAUUCUACCACCUUCCGAUUCUGAUUUCAACCAGAUGUUUUAUCGGAGGACUUCAGUUUACAUAAUGUAAAAGGCAUUCAGGUUUUUCUUACAAUCUCACUUCUGACUUAAAGUGACUGCAUCCUUGCAUUUUAUUUUUAUUCUAAGGACAAAGGGUAACACUAUGUGGCAGAUCAGAAGCUGCCAUCCACAACGCUGCUCAAAACCGUGAAGUAACAGUUAAAAGAACAAGUGGGUUAGAACGGAUUUUGUAAUACUAUGCUUGUGAGUGUGGUGUGGUGUAUGUUUCAUUGCUGCGAGGAGGAGGAGCUGUAAACUAUGUAUAUAGUGUUCCUGUACACAAGUGGUUUAGAUGGAACGUGAUUUUCUUGCAGAGGAUAUGCAUGAUUUUCUAUAGUAAAAGGGAUGGGCUUGGAAUAAGAAACCUGAGUUCAGCAGCCAAAUGUUAUAUGGGAAUGAAGGUGUGCAUGAGGUGAUGUGACUUUUCCCUUUAAGGACAAGAGCUUAAGAACGCUGUGGCUGCUUCUGUUUCAGUGAGGAGGCAUUCAAAUGAGCCCAUGCUUAGAAAUGGAAUGGACUUCUGAGACAGGGAUUUUGUGGGAAAGCCUUAUGGAAUUUCUGCUACAAGUUUACAUUUGUUGCUGAUGCAACUUCAGUAACUUUUGAGUUUCUAUCUGACUGUAGUCCUGGGAACUAAACCUGUGUCUUGUCAUCACGUGUUACUAUCUCCAAGGAGUAUGAAUUUGACAAACUUCUGCAUGAUACCAGUGCUGUUAGUGCGUGUCUGUGCGCACGUGCACCAAGCUGUUGGCACAAACUGAAGACAAUCUUAUCAGAGAAAUAAAAGACUACAAACAAUCCGCCACCAAACCUUCAGCAAAAGUAUUACUUUUUUUCAGGUACUUGUUGUCCCUCUCAGUAGGAAGGAAAGAGGAACAUUGUCUGAACUAAAAUGAAAUGUAGGGGGCAAACCCCAAUACUUGAUAUCACUAUGAAUGUUUGCAGUUUCCCUUUUUGAUGCUACAGGAAUCUUGAACUAUCGUCCGGGUGCCUUUCCUCAAUAGGUUAACUACUCUGAGACCAGACACUACUUCUCCACUAGUUGAUACUGGCCUCCUAUGUUUCUAGAAAGCAAACUAAAAUUUUGUAUUUUACCGUUUUCAUGUGGUUGAUAACAUGAAUGUAAAAAAAGAAAUUACUUUUAUUGCUUAAAGCACUGUUAAGCUGGAUAUGAAACUGUGGACCAGACAUGAAAGAACAAAGGAUCUAAACCAAACAUUCUUAAGGAAAUGGAAAACUCAAUGUUGGACCAUUCUGUUGUGAGCCAGCAGGAAUGAGGUGUCUGAAAUUGUCACCUUGCAAGCAAAUUACUAGCAACACAAUUGCUUGGGAAUAGUGAAUUCUAAUAAGAAACUCCAGGUCACUGGUUGUGAGUUCUCCUCAUUGGUGAUUACAGAUUUUUAACACUGAAGGGACAAGCUUUUAAUAAAAGUGUUUUUAUUUCCUACUACCUUGAUGUUUGGACUUUUCUACAGUAAAUUUUCAAUGAUUUGAAACAAUGAGAUGUGCACAUUGUGAGUUGUUUAAAUGUGAUGGGGUCUUGGUUAACCUUGUGUUGCUUUUUGAGGGAAAUAGGUAGACUGACCUACUGUAGAGAGAGGUUGUUUCCAAGUGAAGGGAUAUUUAAUCUUCUGUUACAAUCUUCUAAAGUUGUUCCUUUUUAUACUGGGUUUGACCUAACAUUCCAGAUGUUUCUUUUAUCACAUUUUCAUACUUGUCCCUAGUAUUCUGCCUAAAAAGGCAAAAAUCUCUGUGGUUCAGAUUUUUUCCUACUGCUUAUAGGUAAGCAAACUUUUCAUACCUUUGGUCUGAAUUCUUCUAUCUACUGGGAAAUAAACUUACCUCUGCAUAUAGCUGUUAGCUCUCUAUUCCACAAGGUUAAGACAAAGAAAGAAGCAUAGAGCAAGUUACAUAUUUCUAAACUAUCCCUGUGAUGGAGAAUGUGUAGGAGGAUUAACUGUUUCCCUAAGUGUAUAUAGAAGUCCUUAUGUACUUUCUCUAUUUCAUGUCACUCUUAAAUUGUAGUUGAGUUCAUUAAGUCAAUUCCAGUUCUCUUAAAGUAUUAGUUGGGGUUUUAUCUGAACAGAUUCUGACUAUUCUUCAAAGACAUAUGUGCUAACGUGUGCUUUUGCUGUCAUGGAGUGUACUAAGGAAGUCAAAGAUCAACCAUCAUUCAGUGAUUUCAAGAGUAAUAACGUGAUCAGUAACACCCAAUUUCACUACACCAACUAUUAAAAAAAAACAAAACAAAAAAAAACCACAAAAAAAUGAUGCUUUAGACAAGACAUCAAAUUAACCUAGGGGUGGCAUGUGAGCCAGUAGUCAAAAGCACUUGGAUUUUCUUCAGCCUAGGCUAAAACUGUAUAGUUCUUGCUGCUUUCUCUAACAUUUUGCUGCUCUUCGGAAAUUACACAAUGAACUACCCUGUUCUCACAGUUUUAGUUUUGGGAGAAAGAAAAUCCAAAAUGAUAGCUAUUUAUUACCUUUAAAAGGCUUUAGACUAAAGAAAGUUAAAUACAUAUUUUCCCCUCUACCAAAUGUACUACCUCAGUUGACAGGAUUCCACCUUCUAGGGCUUUUUUUGACUCUAAGUCUUUAACUUGUUUUUGGUAGCAUCUUGCUGUUUAUGUAAAUUAGUGUGGCAUGACAGGGCAGUAAAUAUUUACAAAUGUGUUCUUAGAUGAUUUUAGAGCAUGUUUCUGUUUUUAAUAGAAUGAAAAGUGAUAUGAAUGUACAGAUAUGUUUAGAAUUGAUAAUGUAGCUUAAUUUUCAAAUAUUCCAAAGUUGGGUUUAUCAGUAUUAUAUAGGGUUUUGUAAACUUAAAUACACACUUUCUUGGUUAAGUGGGAGUGCACAGUCUUUCCAAAAUCCCACAUUGCAGUUUACACAGUGCGAUUUAAAGAAUGUAUACUUUUUUUUCAGGCAAGGAUAAACCUUUAUACACAGAGGGGAGGAAUGAACUAAAUUGUAGUACUUAAUCUAAAUGCAUUCUUUAACCCCAAACAAUACCCAGUUCUAAAUAUUUUAAUUUAAGUAGGUACUCUCUAAACUAGUGUAUACAACUUUCUUCUGCUCAAAAGAAAGUACUAGACACCAAUUCUCUUAUCCACACUUUGAAAGGCAUCCUCCAGAGUUAUAGACUGACCCUCCCUGCUCCCUUCUAUAUGCAUCUUUACUCUUGAAGUCAAACCCCCUUUUUUAGACACACCAAACUGUUAUAUGUAUAAUGUUUACACAAAAUGGUCACUUAUCCCUCAAGUGUGACUUCUACUUCAGUUAAAAGGACCCAAAUCAAAAUUGAGUCUGUACUGUUAAAUAUAUUCUAGACUUUUUUUCCUCAUUAGGUCAAGUAGGCUACUUUGACAUACAUAGCAGUUUUUCCAUAGUAGAAAAAGUGUGUUGCUAUUGCAUGUUUGGAGACCAUAGGCUUUUUUUGGAAUGACUGAAUACCAGUGUCAAACUACAUGGCUUUUUUUUCUUAUAGUGGUUUAUGUAUGCUAUCAUUUUGGUCUAUUUCUUUGCGGCAUUUGGUGCAAUAAACUUUCUGAAAUU